CGUACCACGGUCGUCCGCUUCAUUGCUUCUUCACUCGGGAUCACGACCAUACAUGGCUCACGCCACACGGGGACAGAUCUCUGAUAUCGCCCAUCAGCAGAGUGCUUACACGUCAGCUUCAGUCAGCGCCAGGGCCGUUCCGAACAAUAACCAGCUCCGAUUAUCUCUUGACUCCGUCUUGGUCAGAGCAAACAGAAUGAAGUUAUUAUUGUCCCCGCUAUUGUUCUACAACAUUUCUGCGUGCGAGUGCAAGCCUCGGAAAUGCGCAGCGGAAUAAGCGCCCUGACCCCAUCAACGCUGCGGCGGGAAAUGCCGCUGUCCGGUGUUUUUGCUUUCAUCUGCUUCGCGCGUCUCCGGGUUUCGGGACGUUCGCAUCAAUCAAUGCGCCCCUAUUAGGCCGAUACCGCUGGAUACCGCUCCUCCGCAUCUCUGUGGAGCACAAUAAUCCGGAGAGGUGUGUCACCACUCGGCCUUUCAC